UGAGCUGUUGACAUAAUAAACCAUAGGCCUAGACAAAUCUGUCUUCUAGAUCUAGAUAUAUUAAAUAUUUUUUCAAACAAAGGAACAAAAAUGGAUCCUAGCCAUAUCGUAGAUGAAACAGAAAACGGCAAUUUCAAUAAAUUGGAAAUUGACGAGAAGCUGAAAACUAGUGUAAAGGAUCAAACUUAUCAACCCAAUGCUACUGGACAAAUUCAACCAGAUGGCACUGGUGAGGAAAAUAUUUUAGAGUGUCCUGUGUGUCUUCAGUCGUGUAUAUAUCCUGUACAGCUACCCUGUCGGCAUAUCUUUUGUUUUCUGUGUGUAAAAGGCGUGGCCAGUAGAAGCAAGCGGUGUGCUCUGUGCAGGCAGCAAAUACCACCUGAUUUCUUUUGUCGACCAAAUCUAAUUCGCCGUGAUGACCUUGAGCAGCCUGUUACUUUUGAUGAUGGCUACAGCUGGUUCUACGAGGGCGUCAAUGGGUGGUGGCAGUAUGAUGACCGUACAUCUAGAGAGCUCGAAGUGUACCACAAAGCAGGUCAUACUUCCUGUGAGCUUCUAAUUGCAGGGUAUGUUUAUCUCAUUGAUCUAACAAAUAUGGUUCAGUCCAGGAGAAAUGAUCGAACCAAAAAGAGGAGAAUUAAACGUGACUUGAUAAAUCUGGCUGGUCGAAAAGGUGUGGCAGGUUUGAAACUAAGUGCAGACACUGUAGGUAUUGAUUCAGAUCGUCCUGGUGCAGAAGGUCAUGAAACUUCCUCCAGUCAGUCUUCUUCAGUCCGUCGGCCUAUCCCCAUCCAACAAGCAGAUAGAUCAGGAGACAGCCACUCACUCUCUCCACCCACACCCCACAACACUCCCCAGACACCAAUGACCCCUUCAGAGAGUCCACCUAACUCAGCUACCACAGAACGUGACCUUUCUGUUCACCUGGAGCGCCUACGACUUGUUGAUAGUACAUCAGUGUCAAUUAGCCCCCAUGGAGGAUCCAGUAGCUCUAGCCGGGGCUAUGACACACCUGAACAGUUAAGCUCCCAUUUAGAAGAUGCCACUCGGCUGGAGAAUGUUCGUGCUAGCCUACAGCAGUUGCAGUCACAGAGCACAACAAGGGGCAGGGCUCGUGACUCAGAUGAAACUGAUGGCAGUAGUAAUUCUGACUGUGAUAACAAUAUUGUCCAAGUUUAGAUCAAGUUACUGUAAAGAAUAAAGAAGCUGCAGAGCCUUAGAGAUAACACUUAUUUUAACAGGUUAUACAUUCUGAUAAGUAAUUGAACCUUUACAUAGGUUGAGUAAAAUUAAUUUGUAAGUGUAAUCUUAAUUUUAAAGUUUAAGAAGGAAAUAAUUUUAAAAAACUGCUUACCAAGAUCAUAAGUGAUGUCAAUUAUUUAUCAGCAAUAUCUUAGUUUGUCAAAGUUGUCUGUUAGCACUGAGCUUAAUGUACUUUUCAUCUGCUGAAUAUAACUAGUGUAUAAAUAAC